AUGGCCCCGGAAAAGAGAAACGAGUUUCUGGAUGCCCCCGAAAGCGACGAUGAUCAAAUUGACAACUACAACUCCGACGAUGAAAUAACAAAAGGCCGUCGCAGUGCAAAACGGCGCCGGGUUGACAGUGAUGAUGAAGAUGCUGGUAGCGACGUCGACCGGAGUGCCAGCGAUGACCAAGGUUCAAUCGAACAGGAUGGACAGAAAGGCGAUUCCUCAAAACAGGUCAAGGAGUCCAAAUCAACAUCUCGAAAAGAAUUGCCCAAGCUAGAGACGGGCCUUCCCGACAUCACCAAGCCCUUGACAAAAAAGAACCUCGUCGCUUCUGAAGAAGCCAUUAAGAAAUCUGGCGUGGUGUACAUGUCCCGCAUACCGCCAGGGAUGAAGCCCUCUGCCCUGAGAUCUCUCCUGUCGCCAUAUGGGAGGCUAAAUCGGAUAUUCCUUGCUCCCGAGGAUCCCACUGUCCGCGCCAGACGAAAGCGUGCCGGCGGCAACAAGAGGGUGCUAUUCACCGAGGGAUGGGUCGAGUUCGUUAAGAAGAAGGAAGCAAAGGCUACAUGCGAAUUAUUAAACGGACACAAUGUUGGCGGCAAGAAGGGAUCUUUUUUCCGCGACGACAUCUGGAACUUGGUCUAUCUGAAAGGUUUCAAGUGGCAUAAUCUGACGGAACAAAUCACUACCGAGAACGCAGAGAGGACAAGCCGCAUGAGAGCUGAGAUUAGCAAGUCGACCAAGGAGAACAAGGAAUUUGUUAGGAACGUGGAGAGAGCCAAGAUGUUGGAUGGUAUGCAGGCCAAGGCGAAGAAGAGGAAGGCUGCCGACGCGGAGGAAGAGCCUGUACAACAGGGUGAGCGGUCGUUUAAACAGGUAAAACAGGUGAAAAGGGAUGACAAGAUGGCACAGGAUCAGCCAGAGAGCGUCACGAGAGUCUUGAGCAAGAUUUUCUAA